UCACGGGUUAUACGGUAAGCACAUAAACGAACGAUAUCUUCACUUGGAACAAACGUGGAACACAUAUGUAAUUCCUCUUAUAUAGUCCAGCAAUUCAAUAAGAUUGGACAUAUCUUAACACUCAAUAACCAGAACGACAAUGUGCUAUCAUACGGUCUUGUUUGCGUUUGGUCUCUGUCUCGUGUCAAUGACAACAGGGUUUAUUUUAAAUGGAGAACCCAUAAGGAAUACAAACAGUUCGUUACCUUCCAUGGCUGCCCCACCCCUGCGAGUGGGCUCGUUCAACAUACAGGUGUUUGGACAAACAAAGUACUCGAAGCCGGAAAUCAUGGCGGUUAUUGUUAAGAUACUGAGUAGGUACGACAUCGUGCAGGUGUUGGAGAUUCGUGACGCCACCGGUGCCGCAUUCGAGCACCUGCUGGCGGAUCUGAACAACUACGUUAAAGUCCACAUUGGUUUGUCAGCAGUGUAUGGCAAGGUAAUAAGCCCUAGACUGGGUCGUACAUCUAGCAAGGAACAGUACGGAUUCCUUUACCGAACAUCAAAGGUGAACGUUUCGGACACGUAUCUUUAUUCGGAUACACACGAUGUGUUUGAGAGAGAGCCAUACGGAGUACAGUUUCACUCACCGACCACGGUAGUUCAAGACUUCGUCCUAAUGGCCAACCACAUUCAACCCAGUGCGGCCGUGCUGGAGAUGGAUCAACUUCCGGCGGUGUACGACGAAUUUACACGUCACUUCCGUGUACAGGACGUAAUAAUAGCGGGCGACUUUAAUGCUGACUGUCAGUACAUGAAGCCGAGCGACUGGCUGAACAUCUCGCUGAGGACGGACCAGCGCUUCACGUGGCUAGUACAGGAUGACCUGGAUACUACCGUGGGGGUCACCGCCUGCAGCUAUGACAAGUUCGUACUGGGCGGAGACCUCAUUGCGCAUGCCGUCGUCCCAGACAGCGUGCAGGCGUACCGCUUUGAUGAGGACCUGGCAAUCAAUAGAUCCUUUGCAGUUGAAAUAAGUGACCACUACCCCAUUGAGAUGCAGAUAAAAGGCAGUCCUAAUAUCCAAACGCAGAAGCAUCUAGUCUCCUCAGUUUCUUUCACCGUGACCAACUCGUUCUCCGUAUCUAAAGACACUGACAUUCAAAACGUCUAUCACGUGCCGUCAUGCACGACAUCACCAUUUGUGGUAAAAUUGCUAAUGGACGGCACACGUAUGGACCACAUGGACAUCGUGGCUAAUUUAAGAGACGUUGAUUCAAUCAUUCCACAGCUCCAGAAUUUCAGCGCCAACUGCCCGAGGAUUUUAACCCCGGAAACUCUUAGCAUGGUCGACGGCUACGUACGCUCCGGGAUGCUUACAGCGUCACUACCGGACGUCUAUGGACUCGUGUACUCCCCGAAUGUGCACGUGUUCGAGACAGCCAUUCGCUGUUCGCUGCAGCUGCCUUAUAUUUGUUCAGUGACAGUUUCGAAACAAAUCAGCGGAAAUUAAGAACUGCAUGUCAGGUUUCUGAAGUAAGCAUAUCUACAGCACUUGGAAAGUCGUCUGCAACAACAGCUUCCGGUGGCAAAUGGCGCUCAUCACCUUGUCUGUAUUUCCCUUUUAUAUAAAAAAGAGUUAUUUCAACAUACUAGUAUCUAGUAUAUUUUAUCCAUAUGACUUUUAGCAAACAUAUACAUAAGAUUACUCAGUAUAAACAUAUUGUAAAUUA